AUGGCCAACGUGUUUGACAACAAAAAAGACAAGAAGCUUAUCAAUGAGUCCUGGAAAGAAGGAACAUUCCCACGAAAAUCUUUCACUCGGAGCCUGUCCGAAAAGGAUCCUCCAAGUUCCCAGAAGAAUAGUAAUAGGGACAAAGCAAUGGAUCCAGUGGAACUCCCUAUAUGUGUCAGCAGGAUAAAUAUAGACAGAGAAUCGAGAGAAAAAGAAGCUGAGAGGUUUUCUCGACAUCUGUCGUCUUCGUUGAAUCAGCUUACAAGUAUUCCUCAGUCAGAUGAACCAAUCCCUUUGAAAGUUAGAAAAACAAUAUCUAAUUCGGACACAGAGCUUAGAGGAAUAAACUUUAUUGCUAUGAACAACGAAAGAAACUCAACAAUGGUAAACAAGCCUAAACUAGAGCAAAGAAACUCCUCCAACCAAGCUCUUAUGAAAGGAAGAAAAUCGUUUAAAAGACGCGCUUCUAUGCCUGCGAAUUACUUGAGAGAUUAUCUCUCAGUUAACAACAUUCGGAAACGAGCACAUUUCCUCGGUACAAGUGAUACUGACGGCGAAACAUUGAAUAAAGUUAAAAACGCUGGUAGGAGGCGAGUCAAGGUUCGUCCAACAAGUCCUCAACCAUCUCUAAAGACGGAAGAGGCCGAUGAACCUGAAACGGAUUUAAUCGAGAUAGAAACUUCAGCUGAAAAUGAAAUUAAGGACGAAACUCGUCCAAAUAUAGAGGUGGGUUUCGUGACUCUGCAGUUCUCGUUCGUUACGGUCCAUCAUUACUGGGAAGUCAGGAUUGCGUGUCAUUGUAAAAUAUCCUGGGGGUACUUUUGAUUAGUUCCGCAACAACUUUGAAGACUUGUUAUUUCAAAACUGGUCACAAUUUAAAUUCGCCAACAAAUUUGAUGACCGGUCAACUUGGCCCACGCAAGGAGGCUGGUGACAAUCGAUAUAAUUAAAAAAAAAAACAACUAAAUGAUUUUCGGCAAAUUAAAUUGAAUACUUAGCUGUUAAAAUUUUGUGGCUACAAAUUAUUAUUGAGAUAAAAUAAAUUGCGUCAAAAAGGAGUCAAAUAACGUUACGAUGACAUCAACGUAACUGUAGUUCUGAGUUCUGUUAAAAGAAAGAAUGUAACAAUUCACUUGAUUUAAUUUUAAACGUGUACAAAGCAAGUAUUUUUAUAUUGCUGUCUUUCUUAUCACUUUAUAACAAGCAUUUAGUUGCAUAUUUAAUACAUUUAUCUACAGCAAUUUAUCUUCAUUUAUUGCUUUUAAAGCGCUUAUUAUAAUGUCUUUUUUUCACAGCCAAUUGAGAGAUUUCGAAAGAUUGUGCAGUUGUUGAGUUUCCUUCUAAAGAUGAAGACUUCUAUGGACAGGUCAGUGGCACACGACAAGUGUUCCGUGAAAAAAAAACCUCUUUACAUUCGGUUUUCGAGAGAGUGAUUGCCUAUUUUCAUGUGUUUCAGUAGGGCAUUAGAACGGAUGGGGCGCCAACUAUCGAAAUAAUAGAUUAAUCAGUAAAAUUACUCAAAUAAUCCCUUUAGCUAUUUGAAAUACAAUGGCAAGUGUUUUCUCAAACUUCAGUGAAAGAAGAGGUUUCUACCAAAAAUCACUAAAGACCUAAGAGCACAUUAGGUGACCACAGGAAGCUCAGUUAACAUGGUUAAGUAAUGAUGACAAGGACGGUGUUGAAAACCUCUCUAGUUAAAAGUUAAUUUACGCUGUUUCAAAAUUCAUAACUCUUAUUCCAUGUCGUUUAAUUUGUCAAAUGUUGCUAGUGAAUUUUUCUGGUGUUGAAUUCUAUAAAAGACUGUAGCGAAAUUCAGAAAAACAGAAACGAUGCAUGUACAGAGUUGUUGUUUUGCUAUUCUCAACCUAGUGCUUUUUUGCCGGUCUUCGUUGUCGUCACAGUCGUUGUUGCUUAAAUUUCCUGUUGCUUACAUGACGUCGACUGCUUUAGGAAAUACCGUUCCCAGAAUGCCACAAAUGUGUUUGCUGAGCUGGACGAGGAAGCUGUAACCGGGGUGGACUGCGACGGAGUAGUGUUUGAUCCAAGUAACUUUAAAGCUGUACGGGAGGUGAGUCUAUACCGUCACGUGGUUUUCCUUUAUCACGGCGCAUGCUGAGUAGUUACACUUACAGGCAUAUGUGAGUAGAUUUGACUGAGCUGUUUUCUAUAAGAGACAAUUAGAAUUACUCUUAAUAUCAUUGAAUGAACCCUUUCGUUCACUGUUAUAGUAAAUCACGGAGUCUCUACAAGGUGCUUCUAUCUUUUCAGUCUGUGGACAAAAUCCUAUGGUACUUUCACGUGGUACUAUUUAUUUAGUAUGUAGUUCUAACUUUGAGUCUCUGGACGAAAUCCUAUGGUGUUACCAUUCAUUGUACUAUCUAUAAUGCAUUUAGUUUGUAGUUCUAUCUUUUGAGUCUUUGGAUGAAAUCUUGUGGUUAGACCAUUCAAAUGAAACUUCUUCAGCUGUACUUUCACAUUGCACUAUUUAUUUAGCAUGUAGAGUUCUAACUUCUGAUUCUGUGGACAAACUCCUGUGGUGUGACUAUUCCUGGCAAAUGAAAACUUUCACAUGGUGAUAUUUCUUUUACAGAAAUAAAACUGUACAAAAUGAAAUUUGGAUUUUCUUUUUUGUUAAUUUUGACUUUGGCCACCCUUUCAGUGAAAGGGUUUAAUAGCUCUCUUUUUUUGUCUUCUACUAUUUAACAGGUACAUCUCAGUCAAGAAGCUAUUCAUAUUUUGUCCUUAAGUCCUGGGUCAAGGACUGAGGAACAACUUCAAACGGUACGUGUUAGACCCCAUAGAAGUCACUUAAAUGAAUGAACCGUCCGAUUGCAUGGCUGCGAAUACAGCCUUCUCCCCUCCGUCUCCUAGCCAUUUGGCACGUUCCACUAGCUGCGAGGAGCGAGAAGGGAGGGCUUCACUCGCAGGCCAACGCAAAUAUGCAUGAUUUUGGUUAUAUGUAGUUUAUCAUGGAGACCCGAGAGGGCAAACUCAAACUUAUCCCACAGGGCCGGGUUCCUCAAAAGACAGUUAAGUUUAACCCAGGAUUAAGCCAAAUUUUGAGCAAGGUUUUCUUGCCUAAAAACAUUCAACUUGAGCUUACAAAAUAAUGCUGAGCCUUUACUCCGAGAUACACUAAUGAUACCACAAAAUGUUACUCUAAGCAAUCAGGAAGGUAAAAUACAAAAAACGGAACAAAAUUUUAAUCAUGAAUUAGCGCUACUCGGCCUUUCAGGGACCGGGCCCUGGUUCCUUCAUGAUCUAAGCUGCUUUGAAAACGACCAGGUCAAGGUUGCAACUUCCGUAGGGGCAGGCAUAGGGGUAACGCAAAUAAUUUAUCCACACUUCACGAGAAAGGCGAUCUGAAAUUCUGCUUUGAACUCUCCUUAUUUCUAGGCCUUGGUGGCGCUUAAGACCAGUGUCGCCGCUUUUGGGGAGUAUCCGCUGAAAAUGCAGCGUCGACUCGUAUCUGCUGGCUGGUACGAAAGGUGAGUGAAUUACUAAUCAACCCUUGCUAAACAAAAAAAAAAGGUUGCACAUCCACACAGUUGUUCUUUGUCAACCAUUCCUGGCCGAAUUGGAAUUUUGAAAUGUUGGUUUUGAGGAGAGGGAAAAACAGGAGAACCCGGAAAAAACUUUUUUGAGACGCCGGGAUUUGAACAUGGGACCCAAUGGUUGUCUCCCGGUAGAGGUAAGUGCUAUGACCCUUGCGCCGCAGGCCUUACUUCCCAAGUGCGCCAGGAACUCAAAUUGUAUCUCAUCACUCUCCUUACUCAGUCUUAAUUCUAGAGGCGUAGUUAGGUAAUGGCCAGUAACACCUCAGACUUCAAAACCUUUUAAGGUCAGCCAAAUGUUCAGCCGGCUAGCGGAUCUGUACCCUACCAGCUCGGCCAUGUUACUCUGAUUCAAUUCAAUUUACAUUUCAGGUUUGAGGCAAAGAGAGUCAUCAUCAGGCAAGGUCACAAAGCAGAGAACUUUUAUUUCAUCCUUUCCGGUACAGGUGAGGACAAACACGCAUAUUGCCAGAAGUUCCACGAAUUUAAUGAUUGAAUGAUCAAUUGACUGAUUUAUCGAUCGAUUUGACGAUUGAUUGCGUGAUUUUUUGUUGCUUUGUACUAAAAGCAGGUUUUUUGUCUUAUGACAGCGGUCGUUACUUUGCUGGUUAAUGAUCCUGUUACAAGAGAACAAAGAAACACCACUGUUGCUGUGUUGGGUAAAGGAAGCAGUUUUGGGGUAAGUCAGUAUUUUGUCGCUUCAGAAAACGUCCAGUUAAUCGCAUGCAACAGUUUCAAUAUUGUGCGAAUAUCAUUUUCAGUAUUGCGCUGGCUUCAUAUUCAGUAUCGUCUUAGUAUUUUUUCUUAGUAUUUUUCCAUCUUACAGGAACUGGCCUUGCUUCAUCAUAAGACUCGCAGUGCGACAGUUCUAUGCAAAGAUGAAGUCUCACUUUUGGCAGUUUGCAGAGAGGUUCGUUGUAUGGUAGUAUCUAACGCAUCUGUUUCCCCUCCAUAACGAACGGCUUCAUUUAUCUAACAGUUGGUAUCCUCUCUUGCAGGAUUUUCGAGAUAUCUUUAUGAGUUAUGAGGACGGAAGAGAACCAGAACACAUUAGAUUUUUAAAGUAAGAAUUUUACUUAGAAUGAAGAUGAUAUGAUUUGCGGAAAUACAAAUUUAAAUGAAGAUAUGAUCUUCGCAGCGGUAAUUGCAAUUCAACUCGAACAAAAAAUUUCGGGACUUUUAAAUUUGUAUUUCCGCAUUUCAUAUUAUCUUCAUUCUAUGUUUCAUACCUUUCACGGGUUAAGAUGAACUCAACAAAUUGGCCUGUUCCAAAUGUAUGGGUCUUAACAGCUUAACAGGUAGAGCACUGCAGCGCUAACUCAGAGGCCAUGGGUUCGAAUUCCGUUGAAGUCCCCAAAAUUUUUUCGGGUUAAUUUGCAAUUGCUUAAAUAAAUAGAUCAUAUCUUAAUUUAAAUACCAAUUUUAUUUUUUAAAAUUCACCUGCCAUGAAAAUCACUGGCCUAGGUCGAACUACAUUUUGACUUCAGUCAUCAUUAGCUAAUAGAAUUGUGUAUCCUAACUUAUUUCAACAGAAGUGUACCGUUUUUAAGAGAUCUUCCAGUGGAUGAUCUAACCACCAAACACGAUGUCUGCAUAUUUCAUUACUUCAGGUGCGUUUAUUUAUCCUGUACGUUACUUGUAUAGCUACUUAAUAUAUGUUUCAUAAAGAGGUAGAAAAUCGCGCUUGGCAAUGCCUCAUGAGUCGCCGACUCCGUAUUAAAACCACUGACUCUAGUUGCCUCCAAAAAUGCCGAUCAGUCAACGCUUAAGGCAAAAAAAAAAAACAUGGAAGAGACGCAGUGUUUCAUCACCAGAUGAAACGCUGAGAAGAGGGACGAAAAUAGAGUUGACAAACUUCGAGGUGUUUCAUCUGGUGAUGAAACACUGUGUAAAAUGCUUCAUAUUACUUCUCAAACAAAAUGAUUUUAGAAGGAGAAAUUAAGGAUACAAAAAGGGGUAGCUCGUGAAUGUCUCAGAUUUUUUACUUUAUACAAUAUUGAAACUUUCAGAGAUCGUGUUUUCGAGAUGAUUCUGAUAUCAAUAUUCGAUAGACUAACAAGAAAUGUCACAAAAAGUGUUCAUUACAGAUUGAAGCUCUCUACCUGAGUCUUCUCUUUUUUCUUCACUAUGUGAUAUUGGUUCAUGGAAAUUUUAAAUGAUUGGUAUUUUUCUUUGCUCUGUAGGAGGGGUGUGGUUAUAGUUAAGGAGAGCAAGACUAAAUGGAUUUACGUUGUUAAAACGGUACGUAGUUACAGUUACGGAUAUCAUAAAAUGACUUGUCUCCCCCAACAAACCUCUUUAGCUUGUAUGUUUUGUUUUCCGAAUACAGGUCAUGUGAUAAUACUCUAGGGAACUGUUUCUUUCAAAUUUCGUCUUAUUAACAUGCAUAUCUACGCAUAAUUUAUGAAAAGACAACGAGUCAAGUUCCCCUGGGACCUCCAUUGGGAAAACAAAACAUACAAGCUAAAGAGGUUUAUUAUGCUGAAAUGGAUAUAGAUCUCAUUAACCACAACGUCGUUGUUCCACAGGGACGGGUAGGUAAGGAUUUGGGUUGACUUGAUUCUUCUCUACUUUCUUUCAUGUGCUUUAAGCUAUUUACUCUGUUUUCCAUACCGAUAACUGUAUCGACAUUUUCUAACUAUGCAUGUAUACAAAUCAUAAAACAUUCUGAAAGUAAUGUUAUUUAUUGCUUGACUGUCUUUUCUGACGUGUUCUCGCUUGAAAUAAAUCCAUGAAAUGUUUUCAUCUUCAGGGGUCCUGCCGCGUUCUAACUCAUUUAUCAAAGAAGACUGCAAAGUUAAAUCGGUCAGCGGUUGAUCAGGGGAAGUCAAAGGCAAUCCUUCCCGUGAUUCCCGUCGAUGAAACAGAUAGGAGGAGAGCGCUGUACACAGGUAACGUAUCAUAAAGCUACUUGUCUGGCAACAAGACAGUCGCCCAAUGAACUCUUAUGUUUGGCAACGGUCAUGUGCGACCCAGGAUCGGUUUUCGAGUCCACCAAUUCUGAUUUUAGCUCGGAAUUUCAAAAGUUUUCAUUGCAAUUUAAAUACGAGACAAGCUUGCUAGGUACAACCGAGUAACCGGUCCAUACUUUAUUUUCCUUUUUUUCAAUAUUUUGAUUCGUUUUUGCUUAUGCAAGUGGUAAUUUUGACAUCAGCUUUAGUUUUUAUAAAAACAAAUUAUAAAGUAAAACCUUCUGUCUAUUAUGGCUUUUAGUUGAACUUGUUCAGAAUUUACAUGCAUAAUGGUUGUUUUAUGUACUUGUAUCUUUACAGCUGCUGGUGAUCGCGUUCGGCCCACUGCUUGGUCUCCAGAAAUCAAACGACCAAAAACCGAACCUUCACUAUCGUCACACAAAAACAGAGACUUGUCUCUACCAGCUUUAGUUGGUGAACCGGAAAAAUUUAAGGUAAAUGCUUAUAUUUGAAACUUGGGUAUAGAGGAAAGUUUUCUCGAAGAAAAUAAUUAUUGAGAACAUGUUGUUUUUGGCUGUGAUGCAUCCUGCGUGGUAAGCCCUCCUGCCCUCGAAAUUAAAGAGACACAGAAACGCUAAAAUUAGCAUCUAUCGCUUUUUUGCACGACAAAGGUUUUAAGUUUUGCCCAGCUGUCAGCCGUUCAAGUCGAGCAUCAUGUUUCGCGCGCGUUCUCGUGCGCCAUAAUCCCCCUUUCCCCUCCUUCUCGCGCACAUACCACUUUACUCAUUAAAACUAGUCUUUUGUAAAUGGAGCCAUUGUGUGUUUUGUCAUUUACUGUAUUUUUCAUUUACUCCACAGAAAGUAGCGAAAAACGUUAGUUGGGUUGCACGGAUGAGUAUCAUUCCUAGGGAAGGUAAAGCCCUCUGACUUGUUCUUUAACGUAACGUGGUUAGUAAUUUUCUAAACAUACACAGGAGCCCGGCACUUAUUCGAAUUGCUAAAGCAAAUGGUAUUGAUGCCAACAAGGGUGUCAGGUUUGAAAAUGUCAGUUUAUCAUUUGUUUUGUUUUUUUUAAGCUGUAGCUAAAGAAAGCGAAGAACAUAGAGAAAAAAUUGAAAGACUGCACAGACGAAUCAGUAGUGUGGACAAAAAUCGAAAUAAAACGCCUUUGGUAAGUUUAGUAUUACUAAGUAAGUAACCUUUAUUAACGUAGUCAGAAUAUUCUUACCAUACAUACAAUUUGUAAGAAUCGUUUCUUUGCAACAACCUAAUGCAUUGCUUGAGGAAAACAAUGUGCUAAAGACAGAAUGUAGAAGAACAUAGAAGUCUGUGGUUAAGUGCACUAAUACAAAUUAAGUUCGUGCAUUAACUAGUACAUACAGAUCGUUAAAACCGCGUGUCCCCUUUUUUUCAAGCGUCUUUUAAGCUGCUGGGCUAAGUAAAGUUUCAUGUAUCAAUGGCUAAUCCAUAUAUUUGGGACAGGUACUGAAUAACACCAAUUUUAAAUUCCCGUUUUCCUGUUAUGUGCCUGGGCUGAGACUCUUGGGACAGAAAAGACUGACGCUAUAAUUACUGUUAUUUUAUGAACAAGAAUAGUUGCAACAAUUUUUUUUUAAUAGUUGUUACACCCAAAAUUUGUAAUAAACCUAAGGUAAAGUUCAGUUAUAAAAUUAUGUAAUAUUGUUAUAUAUGUUACUAUACUAAUAUUAUUAUUGUUGUAUUGAUUUUAGAUUGAAACACCAGAUUUGGAUCAGAAAGGGGAACAAGUAGUGGUACAGAUUGAGUUGUUGAAACCAAAAGAUCAAUUUGUACGUCGUCACUCAUGACCUCUUUUAUGUGUAUAUUCUUUUUCACUGUAUCGGUAGUGGAAAGCUCAAUACUUUUUAUGUGGGGUUGUUCAUUCUACUACGUAUAUGCCUUGAGUCCGCUGUGGAUGGAAUCGUGAAACGUGACCAUCUACUGAGCGGUACUUUCCUUUGGUACUGUUUGUCACGCUGUACUAGUGGUUCUAACUUUUGAGUCUGUGGAUCAAUUUAUCUUGAAGUGUGACUCGUUUAAUUGAAAGCCCUGAGCAGUACUUUCCUGUGGUAGGGGUUUUUAAACUGUAAAGUUUGAGUCUGUGGAUUACUCCGACCUGUGGUGUGACCCGUUUAAAUGAAAGCCAACGUGCAGCACUUUGCACUGGUGGCGCUUUUUUGAGUCAGCGGAUACCUGAUCCUGAAGAGUGAGCAUUCAAAUGUAAGCUAGUACUAAGUGGCACUUUCUUGUGUUGAUAUUUAUUAUGCUGUACUAGCUGGUUCUAACUGAAGUAUUUAGAUGCAUAAAACGGCUAUCCUAAGAGUCAUUCCCAUUAAUAUUGUUCACUAUCCUGCACAUAAUGGACUUUGUUAAGCUAUAUAGCCCGAGGUACUUUUUAGUAUAUAUGUGGUAGUACAAGGUGAAAUCUCUAUUUUGAUUUCCAUAAUCUUGCUGAUAAAAUCCAAAAAAUGACCAUUCAUGCCACCGCUGUUAUAAAAGUAGGACUUUUUUUUAUCGUGAGAAGAAAAAAAUCCAACAACAUGCUUCGGACUAGUUUGACUGACGCCCUUACAAUUCUCGGAAAUUUAAGUACAUAAAUUUGAUCGUCCAACAUUUUCCAUUUACUGCAGAAAUUAUCCUUUUUUCUUUUUCUAGGGACUCUCAAUGAUACUGUUUGAUAAUCCUGCAGUUAAAUGUCACCUGGUAUGUACCUAUUACAUUGUUAUUAAGUACUGAUAAAUGAAACCAAAGUGUGUGUGUUGAGAAGCAUGCAUGCUUCUGAAAGGAGUAUUUAAGGAUUAGCACAGUCGGUUGGUGCGCGGGAGAUUCCGUCACUUUACGGUCAGUUUGCCCCCAAGUCAUUUCGCCCCGGUUACUUAGCCCCUUAUUUUAGAACAAGGAAUAUUACCCUUUAAGCGCGCUUCUUUUGGCUUAUGGCUUAUAGAACAAAGAAUAUUUGGAGCGCGCUAAAUGACUCGAAAAUAGGGGGCGAAGUUACCGGAGCGAAAUGACUUGGGGGCGAAAUGACCGGUCUCAAAAUCCCUGUUUCAACUUUUUUCCCUUGCUGUAAGUAAGUUUGUCAGUUCAUGUAGUACGGAAGCUUUUUACACCUUUAAUCCAGGUAUUGUAUUAGGAGUUCAUCUUGGAAUGAGUUCUUAAGAGUUUAUAGAAUCUACAAAAACCAGGAGGAUUUUUGUAAAAAAAAGACUAACUUAUGAUUAUACAAUUCCAGGUUAGCAACGGGGCUGAGUGUGUGCUUAUAAAGAAAAGUUGGUUCCUUCAGCAUGCAAACGAGUCUACUCUGCGAAAAUUAAGAAAUCUGGUCAGUAUUUAGAGGCGUGUUUUUCCAUUGUAUUAUCAUAAAAACAUAAUAUUAAUAAUAAUGCAGGGUUUAUUGAUGCAACUUCAGAAUGAAAAGUACGAUGGACUUACAGAUAAAAUAGAGUGGACAGAACACAAAAUACAUUAAGACAUCGAUAAGGAGCUGGAAGAACCGCAAAAGUACCUCAAUGAAAGAAUCAUGUUUUAAACCAGAAGAAAUACCUAACAUGGAUUCGUUUAAAUGAAAUCAAAACUUUCGUUUGUCUAGCUGUAAAACAAAUCGCCUUUUUGAUCGCUAGAGUGUUAUUGGAUCUCUCACGAUUUUGACAUUUUUAACAGUAGCAUAAAGCAAGGGUACAUAAAAUAUUAUUGAUAAAAUAAUCAUCUUUUACUAUGAUAGAUGAAGCAGUAAAGCCCUUUGACCAGUUAUCAUGAAUGAAAAAUACUCACCGUGGCGCGAUUUAGCAGACUCAAGUCUUAUACCCCAUUUAAACCGUGCAUAUUUUCGCAGACUUACAUUAUUUUUUUAUAUUACUAUUUCACCGCAGAUUCCACCAUACCCAAGCCAGGAUACGCUAGAGCAAAAAAUGCAGGAUCAAGCAAACUGGGACUCAUAUAAAACACAAACUAUUAAUAAUCUUCUAGACACACUUCACUUAUAACAGUAGCUGUUGCUCCUGUCUAUAAUAAUAGUGUUAUUACCUAGAAUUUUUAACCGGAAGGUAAAACCAAGUUUGAAGUAAACUCGAGGCACAGCUGAUUGCAAUUAAAAUUUAAGACCAUUUAAGAUUCUACUCAUUUCAGUACGAGGCAGUUAGUUGUAUGUUUUUAAGUUAAUUAUUUAUUGUUCGACUAUAAAAAUCGGAGACGAAUUCACAGACAGGCUUAAUGUACAAUACAAUUUUUUCAACAAAAUAUGAAUUUGACGCCAAAUUUUAUUUAUACAUAUGUGAUAUACGGAGAGUACAACAGUCAUUGAUGUCAACAGGUUAGGCUGUCUAUUUAUUUUAAUAGUAAUGAACGAAUCUUAUCUAAAAGAGAGACGUACGUUCUCUGUUUAACGCACCUAUACAGUAAAUAUUGUUAUUUAAGCCAAUAAAGGCAUAUAUUUUGACAAAACUACCUUNCAUGAAUGAAAAAUACUCACCGUGGCGCGAUUUAGCAGACUCAAGUCUUAUACCCCAUUUAAACCGUGCAUAUUUUCGCAGACUUACAUUAUUUUUUUAUAUUACUAUUUCACCGCAGAUUCCACCAUACCCAAGCCAGGAUACGCUAGAGCAAAAAAUGCAGGAUCAAGCAAACUGGGACUCAUAUAAAACACAAACUAUUAAUAAUCUUCUAGACACACUUCACUUAUAA